ACCGGAGCGGCUGGGUCGGCUCGCCGGCCGCCUUCUCCCUCAGUGGGGCAGAGGGCGGGAAGCCGCGCCACAGGGUCGGCGGCGUGGGGGGCAGCAUGAGUGCGUGAUGAUCAGUGCCUUUUUGCAAUGAGAACAAAAGCUGGCCACGAAAGAGGAGACUUGUGCUGCAGCCUGGCAAGGGUCUUAAGUUGGAUGACCUGGGCUCCAAGUACUAAUAGAGGAAACACACCAUUCAGCCUGGAAUAAAAUAAUUCAUAUGUAAGACUCAAGAAAAAGUCAGUAAAAUGAAGAAGAAAAAUUAUAGUCUCGAGUUUUCAUGGAGUGUCCAUUAAAGUAUGGGCUGAGGCUGUACAGCAAAAGUAAUCUGCAGUCUGUUACCAUGAUGUUAAUAAAUGCAAGAAUUGAAGAGUCUCUUUGUUGGCCACAGCUGUCCACGGACUGUAUCUCCAGACCCUGGAAGAUGGAGGAGAUGGUGGUGGAAAUGUGGUUUGAUUUGGAAAUACUGCCAACUGCCUGAUGUGAUUCCAGGCAUGCUUAGUAUUUUGAAACAAAAUGGAAGAUGUUGUUCCAGCUCCGGGGAACUGACCUUAUAGAAAAUGAGGAGACGCUCCUGCUUUGUUUUUUUGCUCUGUGGGAUAUUUUUGCCCAGAAUCCUUGGUUUUCCACAGACAAAUACCUCAAUUGAUUGUGAUUCUCUGUUACCGAACUAUGAAGAUGAACCACAGACAUCUGUGCCACCAUAUCUUAUUGCUGUAUCUUUUGAUAAAUUUGAGCCAGGAAAUGAAAUCCAAGUGAGUCUAGAGGCACUUAAAGAUGUUGGUUUUAAAGAAUUUAAUCUACAAGCUCGAGAAAUAGGAGAAGAUGUUCCUGUUGGUACUUUUAAAAUUACAGAUCCAAACACUAAAGGCUUGGAAUGUCAUAACGUGACGAAUUCAGCAGUAAGUCAUGCAAAUUCAGAUGUGAAGCAGAAAGUCACAACAACAUGGAUUGCUCCCCAUGAUAUUAGAGAUCUACAAUUUAUUGCAACUGUCGUUCAAGACCUAGAGAAAUUUUGGGUUGGAAUUCAAAGCAAAACUCUCACACCUACGCGUUCUGAGUCAGUUAAUGGGACAGGAAAAAGUAAAAGGAAGCUUAUGAUAGAAUUAGAAUGUAACAAGCGUGGAGGGACUUACACAACACAAGGCCGAUGCAUCAUGGUGGGACCUUCCAGUUCCUCUCAGAGCAGCUAUUCAGGCAGUCAGAGUGGAGCAGUCUACACAAUAAGCAAGAGUGGAUGUGCCCCUGGAGGAGCUGCUGGUGCAUAUAGUCAACAUGCCUGUAAAGAUAGUGCAUACUCAUCCAGUGGUCUUACCUAUGGCCAGUCUGUCCCUUCUAGCAGUUCAGACUCCAGUAAGAAGGUAGUGGUCAUUGCCAACAGCAACCCUUUUCCACCUGUGCGUCAUACCUACCCCCAGAGUUUGGGAAGUUCUGCUACUAGGAUCAUAGUACAGGGUGCACAGAGACAGCAAAGCAGCAGUACUUACGUUCAGGGUUCCCCAGGCAGCCAGUCCUAUGGCCAGGGCUACAAGCCUCAAGGUGGCAGUUCCUAUGGCCAGGGUGGGCCAGUUUACUCGAGCAGCAGCAGUUCUUACGGCCAGGGUUCCCCAGGCAGCCAGUCCUAUGGCCAGGGCUACCAGCCUCAAGGUGGCAGUUCCUAUGGCCAGCAGGGUCAAUCUUCUUCAGGUGGCAGCAGUGGUUGUGGACAAGGUUUUUCAUAUGAUAGCAAUCCCUGCCACCAGGGUGGAUCACAGGGGGGAUCACAGGGCAGUCAAGGUGGAUCAUACUCCUCACAAAACUAUGGUGGUAGCCAACAGAGUGGAUCAUCAUCCUCACAAAGUUAUGGUGGCUACAAGGGUGGAUUGUCCUACUCAGACACCUAUUAUGAUAAUCAGGAUUCACAAGCUUCCUCAGACAGUAAUCCCAACGCUUGUGAAGAUAAUGACACUACCUAUAGUGGCAAUGGUCAGAGUUCUGGUUGUGCAAAGAAGAAGAUGGUUGUUGCCCGAGAUACAUCACAUGUUUUGAGCAAAAGAGACUAUGAUGUACAGAAUGAGUCGUCUUCUUCAAACAACAGUCACACUAACCUCCAGGGUGGAUCAUUUAUUGCAACUGGUAGUGGAUCAAGUAGCCAGGGUGGCUGCAUUUGUCCUGAUGGAAGCAGUGGUAGUAGACAGGGAGCGCCAGGUUCUUCACACAGCACAUACUAUGGUAACCAGGGAGGGCCUUUCUUCUAUCCCGGAGGAUCCUAUGGACAGGAGGGCCCAGGUUCUUCGUACGGCUCUUACUCUGGCAACCAGGGAGGGUCUUCCAACUAUCCUGGUGGAUCUUACGGACAGGGAGCGCCAGGUUCUUCACACAGCACAUACUAUGGUAACCAGGGAGGGCCUUUCUUCUAUCCCGGAGGAUCCUAUGGACAGGAGGGCCCAGGUUCUUCGUACGGCUCUUACUCUGGCAACCAGGGAGGGUCUUCCAACUAUCCUGGUGGAUCUUAUGGACAGGGAGGGUCUUCUGCCUAUGACAGCAGCAAUGAAUCCUAUGGACAGGGUGGAUCUUCCACAUAUAGUGAUGCUGGAUCUUAUGGCCAGGAUUCACCUUCUAUAGGAGGCCUUGAAACUGAAGACAAUGAUUCCACCUCAACAUCUGGCAGCCGGCAGAGUGAACGGGAUUUUUAUUCCCCAGGAGGCAGCCAGUCAGGUGGACAUGGCUCAUCUUCUCAAGGUGGUAGCUAUUCCAGUGGACAGGACUCACCCUCAUCAGGAAGCAGCCAGUAUGGUGGGCAGGGCUCAACUUCUUCAGGAGGCCGCCAGUCUGGUGGACAGGGUGGAUGUGAUUGUUCUGGGGGAAGUUCUAGUGGAUCUCCUACCUUAGUCAGAAGUGAUUCCUCUGCAAAUGGUUCAUCUUCUUCAGGAGGCAGCCACUACAGUAGCCAAGAUUCAUAUUCCUCUGGAUCUAGCCAGUAUGGCGGACAUGGGUCAUCAUCUUAUGGUGGCAGCCAUUAUGGUGGACAAGUAAGCGUUAAUAGUUCCCACUUUUGUAGUUUCAACCUAUGCUAA